CGUGGUCUUCUGACACCUUACAGGAAUUUGUUCUGCCGAGAACUUCACGUACACCGAUUUACUCUUCCCCUUGUAUCCUCUUCAGUCUCAGGUUGCCCCUUGGAUUUUAAAAACCAUGUUUUCCUUCUGCAGCGUCUCAAUAAAACUAUCUGGUGCGCUGCUCUCGUUCACCUCUUUUAUUCCAUUUGUUGCUGGUUACCUGCACAGAAGAAAGGUGCGCUGGCAAUCUUAAAGUCCACCAGCUUGCCCAACUGCAAUUCAAUCUCAGCUUUCUUCCGCUUCCUUCUCGGCUACUUUCGUCUUCUGCCAUCCUUAUCCAACGCUUCAUUUCUCUCUUUCAGUAUAGUCUCCUGGCAUAAACGUGCAUUUUGCCUCCUUUUAAGUUCUACUUCCUAUAUUUCUGAUGUUUUUAAACUGUCAUGACUUUGCUUGUAGAGUCCUGAGCCAUUUCUGCUCCUCAUCUCUUUGUGUUUGGACUGCUGCAGUUUGCAGAAAUUGCAAUUUUAGGUUGUACUUGCAAGUAAUUUAAUUCAAGGUCUCUUUUGAUCUUAAGUGUUAAUGUAUAUUUUGAUACUUUACAUUUCUCACAGUCAAUAAUUAAAAAAAUAAUUUGUUUGAGAACUAUUUUCCUGCUCCUCCGUGUUUGGACCACGCUCUACAUUAAAGGAUGCCCAAAGUUGCUAUCAAUGAGUUCAUUGUUACUCUAAGAUACUCUUAUUUAUUCAAGUGGCCUGACCUUACUGAUAAUCCCUGGCAGUAUUAUGGGAAAUAGUUUUAGAGGAUAAAUUUUUAUUUGUGCCUUGUAAGUUUUGUUGCUUCAUUUCUGCUAUUUACUUAUUUUUAUGCUGUUUGGAAAAGAUAGCAUGGAAUCCUUGCUCUCCCAUUUGCAGUUUGUGCCUGUUUGAUUGCACAGUUCCAGCCUUGUGAUACUGUUUGGAUUGGGGAAGGUGAUAUUCCUGAUCUUCUUACUGUUCAUUCACCUCUGUCUAACCUCCAGUCUAAUUCUACCAUUUCAUCUGAAAAAUAGCACUGGCAAAAAUUAUUUUCAUUCUUCAGAGGCCGGGUUCUGGGUGCUUUAUUCAGCCUUUACUCUUUAAUUUCAUUCUGUUGGGACUACUGCUGGUUAUUUCUUCAGCUAGAAUAUUCCUUCAGGCAGACCUUUGGAAAAAUAAUCUUACAAAUCUUCGUUUGAAUCCAUUGCAUUGUGGAGGUGCGAUGAGAGAAUCUAGACUAUAUUAAUCCAAGCAAGUUUUAGUCCCCUCUAGCUGCUUGAGAGGACACAUGUGCCACUUACAUCACACAGGAGUGAGAAGGAACAGAAUUGCCCCACUGUCCUGUGUGAGAAGCAACUCUGGCAAACUCAGUCCUGUGUGGAAUCCAAAACUUCAGUUCAACUUUGUGAUGUCUUCCCCUGAAAUUGCUUCCCUUUCUUGGGGUCAGAUGAAGGUGAAAGGCUGCUCUACAACAUAUAAGGACUGCAAAGUAUGGCCGGGAGGAAGCCGGACGUGGGAUUGGCGAGAAACCGGGACUAAUCAUUCUCCAGGAGUGCAGCCAGCUGACCUUGAAGAAGUCGUCAAGAAGGGUGUUAAAACUGUGGUGAUUGGUCGUGGCAUGAGCGAGGCUUUGCAGGUUCCAGCAUCCACUGUGGACUAUCUGAAGAAGAACGGGAUUGACGUGCUGGUGCUGCAAACGGAGAAGGCUGUGGCGGAGUACAAUGCCCUGGCUGCUCAGGGUGUCAAAGUGGGCGGGGUCUUCCAUUCCACCUGCUGAAGCACAGCUCACUCCGCCUUCCCGGCCCGCAGCCAAAUCACGGACACACCUCUGCUGAAUCAAAUUGCACUCAGCGGAGUGUGAACUUACGUGCCAAGGCAUUUGUGCACUCACAAUCUAAAAUGCAAAGACAGUUUAUUAGUUCAGGAUUUAAACAAGUGGAGGGUUCACAAAAGGUGGGGCUGUUAAUGUAAUUAAAUCGUUUAAUUACAGAAUCA